GGUGGCUGUGGGAGCGGCCCUGGUCUGCGUGCUGCUAAAGCCGUGUUUCUCUCCUGCAAAUCUAAGGUGUCUUCAUGAACAAUUUAAAUGACCCUCCUAACUGGAACAUCCUGCCAAAUCAACGAGAGCCUGGGGAUGAAGGCAGCAGAUGGAACUACGCCUUGCUGGUCCCCAUGCUGGGCUUGGCCGCCUUCCGUUGGAUCUGGACCAGAGAAUGUCAAAAAGAAAUAGAAAGAGAAAAAAAAGAAUAUGAUAAAAAACGUUCAUCUUUACAAAAAGACCUGGAAGCCAAAUACCGGGAUAUAAUCACAGAAAAUCGUCGCACAGUUGCUCAUUUGGAGUUGGAGCUUGAAAAGGAACGCAACAGAACCCUGAGUUACCGUGAAGCCCUCGUGUCCCAGAGUCGGAAACUAGUAGAGGAAAGAAGGAUCUUAGAACAGGAGAAGGAGAAAUUAGAGCAAGAAAAACAAGUCCUUUUGCACUCAGGAGCAGCAGGUAACUUGUACCAGAGUUGUCUGGCAAAGGAAGAAGAGUGGCAAAAGAAAGCCAAUAUUUUACUAAAGGAAUUUGAAGAGGGACUUAAAGAAAGACAGGACAUCUACUGCAGUCUUGUUGUACCUAGAAGCCAGAGACUAGAAAUAGAGAAAAAUCUGCUAGUUAAAGCAGAUACUGAUCCUGUUGCUAUGGCUCUACAUAUGGAAAGUGGCUUAAAAGAUAUUUUCAGACAUGAUAACUACUGUGGCAAUCUGCUGAACAGAAACAAAAGUCAAAAUGGAAGACUUAUGUGGCUGUAUCUGAGACACUGGGAACUAGCUAUUGAACUACAGAAGUUCAAGAGGGCAGAAAAGGCCAUGUUAGGAAAACGAUAAGUAGGGGAAGUAGUGGGAUUUUAUGUGAUCCACCGUGCACAGUAGAGACAAUCACAGUUGUAGUCUGAAGCUGCUAAAUUCUCCAACUGUGUUUCCGAUUCUCCUCCUUAUUGCACUUAUAUUUGCAUGGGACAUGUGCAGUGUUGGUGCCUUUCCUUUCACUGUCUAACAACAUGCUCCAGUGAGCUAUGCAUGCUCUUAAACUCUGUGAGUCUGUUUGUAUUGCAGACUGCAGUGUAGUAUAGAGAUACGCCAGCUUCCAUAGGUAUCAGAAACAGCAAAACAGAACUCCAUUUAGACUGAUUGACCU